UCCAACGGCCAACAUUGCAUCUUCCACUUCCAUAUAAUGACCAGUUCAAUCUCCCCACCAAAAGGAAGAAACUGAUUUCGUAUUUCUCACACUCGUUUCGGUGCUGUCUCUAUCUCUCGCUUUCUCUGAAAUAAUAUCUCUUCUCUUUAAUUAAGACUAGAAGAUGGCCGAUAACGAGGAUAUUCAGCCCCUUGUCUGUGACAAUGGAACAGGAAUGGUCAAGGCCGGGUUUGCUGGAGAUGAUGCUCCACGUGCUGUGUUUCCCAGCAUUGUUGGUCGUCCUCGUCACACUGGUGUGAUGGUUGGCAUGGGCCAAAAAGAUGCUUAUGUUGGUGAUGAGGCUCAAUCCAAGAGAGGUAUUUUGACUUUGAAAUACCCAAUUGAGCAUGGUAUUGUGAAUAACUGGGAUGACAUGGAAAAGAUCUGGCAUCACACGUUCUACAAUGAGCUUCGUGUUGCCCCAGAAGAGCACCCUGUACUUCUAACUGAGGCUCCUUUGAAUCCCAAGGCUAAUCGUGAGAAGAUGACUCAAAUCAUGUUUGAGACCUUCAAUACUCCUGCUAUGUACGUGGCCAUUCAGGCUGUUCUAUCCUUGUAUGCCAGUGGUCGAACAACUGGUAUUGUGUUGGACUCUGGUGAUGGUGUCAGCCACACAGUCCCUAUCUAUGAGGGUUAUGCCCUACCACAUGCUAUCCUUCGUCUUGACCUUGCUGGGCGUGACCUCACUGAUCACUUGAUGAAGAUCCUCACAGAGCGUGGAUAUUCUUUCACCACCACAGCUGAACGGGAAAUUGUGAGGGAUAUGAAGGAAAAACUGUCUUAUAUUGCUCUCGACUACGAGCAGGAGCUAGAGACCUCCAAAACCAGCUCAUCAGUAGAGAAGAGCUAUGAGUUGCCAGAUGGGCAAGUUAUCACCAUUGGUGCUGAGCGAUUCCGUUGCCCAGAGGUGCUCUAUCAACCAUCCAUGAUAGGAAUGGAAGCUGCAGGCAUCCACGAGACCACGUAUAACUCCAUCAUGAAGUGCGACGUGGAUAUCAGAAAAGAUUUGUAUGGUAACAUUGUCCUUAGUGGUGGCUCAACCAUGUUCCCAGGAAUUGCUGACAGAAUGAGCAAAGAAAUCUCUGCACUUGCCCCAAGCAGCAUGAAAAUCAAGGUGGUUGCACCACCGGAGAGGAAGUACAGUGUCUGGAUUGGUGGGUCCAUCUUAGCUUCCCUCAGCACCUUCCAGCAGUGCAGAUGUGGAUUGCAAAGGCAGAAUAUGACGAGUCUGGACCAUCAAUUGUGCAUAGGAAGUGCUUCUAGUCCUAAGUGUUCCAAGAACAGGGUUUUAUUUAUUAUUUUUUUUUUUUUUGGAGAAAGAGAAAAGGAAAAAAAAAGUACUGUUCUGUUUCUGGGAAAAAAGAGGGUAGCUCGCCCCCUUAUUUUUAUUCUAGCUUUGUUGCCCUUCUAUGUUUAUUAUGAUAUUCGAGUGAUGACUUUGAGAAGCUCAGGAAGUUAUUGCCAAAAUUAUCCAAUUCGUUCAUUGUUACUUUUGAGUAACGAGGCCUUGCUUUCCAUAGUCACUAGCAUGCAAUUCCGCCCUUUGUAAGGAUAUAUAUUUUUAUUUCAAGAUGUUAUUAUAAAUGUACACAAAAAUUAUUAUAAGCGAA